AGCGUGCGUGCUUUUCGUGAUCAAAGCACGCCGGGGGUUGUAGUUUCGCCAUCUGACGGAAGCCGAGCGGAGGGAUGUGGCACGGAAUAUUGGCUAAGGGGGCCAGAGUAGCCGCUAGCAGGGGCCCAGCGAUGGGGCCUCGUCUCGCCGCUCGCUUCCGCAUGCAGCGGCCGCCGCUGCAGAUACCCAAGAGCAGCCUGGCCCUACCUCGGAGCCUGCACGCGACGCCAGCUUGCGCCCUCCCGCUCAUUCCCAUCGUGGUGGAGCAGACGGGCCGGGGCGAGCGCGCCUAUGACAUCUACUCGCGGCUGCUGCGGGAGCGCAUCGUGUGCGUCAUGGGCCCGAUCGAUGACAGCGUUGCCAGCCUUGUUAUUGCACAGCUGCUGUUCCUGCAGUCGGAGAGCAACAAGAAGCCCAUCCACAUGUACAUCAAUAGCCCUGGUGGAGUGGUGACUGCAGGCCUGGCCAUAUACGACACGAUGCAGUACAUCUUGAACCCCAUCUGCACAUGGUGUGUGGGCCAGGCCGCCAGCAUGGGCUCCCUGCUCCUUGCUGCAGGCAGCCCAGGCAUGCGCCACUCACUGCCCAACUCCCGCAUCAUGAUCCAUCAGCCAUCUGGAGGUGCUCGGGGCCAAGCCACAGACAUUGCCAUCCAGGCAGAGGAGAUCAUGAAACUCAAGAAACAGCUCUACAACAUCUACGCCAAGCAUACCAAGCAGACCCUGCAGGUGAUCGAGUCAGCCAUGGAGAGGGACCGCUACAUGAGCCCCAUGGAGGCCCAGGAAUUUGGCAUCUUAGACAAGGUUUUGGUCCACCCUCCCCAGGAUGGUGAGGACGAGCCCAAGCUGGUGCAGAAGGAGCCUGUGGCAACAAUAGUGGCAGACCCUGUCCCAGCAAGCUCCUGAGAGAACGGCACCUCAUCUUCGGAGUCAUGUUGAGGGUCCAAGUGCCAGCCAUACCCCUAAGUGAGCCCUGAUCACCCCUUGCUGCUGAGCCUAGAGAGUCCCCUUGAGGAACUUUGGAUUUGAGGAGUGCCCCUGCAGUGGGGCAGCCUGGCUGAGACACUGUGAUUUUAAAUUAAAUUAAAUCUUUGUGUUUUUGCUCUGC